AUGCUGAGACAUGCUCGUUCGUUGCCAAUUACGUGUUUGGUCGAGCACAUUCGUAAAACAAUGCAGAGGUGGUUUUACGAACGUCGAAGCAACGCAACCUCAUGCAGCACUAUAUUAUCUUCGAGGAUGGAGAACGAGUUACAAACAACAUUUGAAGCUGGUACUAGGCUUCGAGCCCAUGAGUUGACGAACAGCUUGACCCAGGUUGGAAUAUCCAACGAUACGGAGAUAGUGGACUUCUCUGAUAACACGUGGACAUGUCGUGAGUUUCAACUAAAUCGUAUGCCAUGUGCUCAUGCAACUCGUGGUGCUACCCUGAGUGGUAAGUCAUUAUACGAUCUAUGCUCUCCGUACUAUACAUCAGAAUACUGGAGGGAUGCCUAUAUGGAAGUCAUAUAUCCCGUUACAUGGGAAGUGGAUUGGGUUGUUCCAAGUGAAAUCCUAGGCACUCAUAUUUUGCCACCGACUGUACGUCGUCCUCCAAGUAGACCACCGACGCGACGUAAGCGAGCUAGAUACGAGUCCACUUCCCAACUGAGGAAAUGCACUCGAUGUGGGAGACUUGGUCAUAACCGGACCACAUGUUCGAACCCUAUUUGCAAAUUUGGUCAUUAUGUUCCGCAAGCAAAGUACCGAUCAUUACAGUUCCAUUAUCACGAAUGA